AUGCCAGACCCAGGCCCUUCCACCAUCCCUUCUCCUUCACCCCCGCUUGCAACCGCCUCUCUUCCUUCGUCUCCUAUUACAGCCCAAGCUCCUAUCCCGAGCCAAGCAAAUAUCCCUCCUGAUCCCUCCACGGUUCUAGUUGAGCCUCCGCUAGCUCAACCUUCUCCGCCCGAAGUUCAGGUUGAUCCGUCACUGGUUCAACCCGCUGCUUCGCAACAGCCUCAACGCGUUGAAGCUGGCCCCUCGCAACACCCUUCACCAGCUACCUCACCUCCAGAACCGUCUCCUGUGCCUCCCUCAGCUCCCUCGGGGUCGGCUGCUGGGCCUUCUAGCUCCGUUGCGGGGCCUUCUCAAUCGCCACCACCUGUUCCUCUUUACUAUCAUGUUUCUCCUAUGUCCCAGGCCUGCGCAGAGUCCUUGAUAGUAAAUCAAUCCUUUCAUGCCGUUCAUUGUCAACAUAAGAUGCUGCAGGACAAAGUAACUGAACUGGAGCUUCAAUUGAAUAACCCAACGCAGGCUAGUUACGCCUUGAGAGCUGAAAUAAAGGCUCUAACCAGAAAGAAUAGCUUGGAGCAAGCUUUGGAGCAUCAGCGAGCUAUGGACCAAUUGGCUCAAAAGCUGUGCGCCGGCGAGACUUUAGCGUAA